CGCCCCCGCGGCGGACUCCGGCCUGCGGGCGAAGCGCGGGGGUCGGGUUCUGCUGCUUUGCCGCCGCGUUCUCACGACCCGGGUCAACCCCAACGCGAGUUGAAAGGAAAGAGUUGCGGGUCGGGAGGCUCGUCUUGCAAAACCGAGGCUCCAGUGGCAGAUCUUGGCCAGGAGAGAAGGAGAGGGGGGAUGUUGGUGGUCGGCGUUGCAGCCCGGCGAAGGUGCGCGUUUUGCAAGCUCUGAUCCGGAUCAAGUGCUGUUGACGGCGGUAAGCGACGUCUGCGCGAAGUCUCGGAGCAGCGGGCUGACGCACCGGAUGCCCAUCGCCGAGCGGUGGGCCUUGAACCAUGGGGCAAAAAGUGACAGGGGGGUUCAAAACGGUGGACAUGCGAGAUGCAGUGUGCCGGCCGCUGAAGCAGGAGCUCCAAGGGCUGGAUUACAACAAGCCGGCUCGGCUCGACCUCCUGCUGGACAUGCCGGCUGUCUCCUAUGACGUCCAGCUGCUCCAUUCGUGGAACAACGACGACCGCUCGCUCAACGUCUUCGUGAAAGAGGACAACAAGUUGACAUUUCACCGGCAUCCGGUGGCCCAGAGUACUGACGCCAUCCGGGGCAAAGUGGGGUACACUCGCGGGCUCCACGUGUGGCAGAUCACCUGGGCCAUGAGGCAGCGGGGGACGCACGCCGUGGUGGGCGUGGCCACGGCCGAGGCCCCCUUGCACUCGGUGGGUUACACCACUCUGAUCGGGAACAACCUCGAAUCCUGGGGAUGGGAUCUGGGGCGCAACCGGCUGUACCACGAUGGGAAAAACCAGGCCAGCAAGACUUACCCGACGUUUCUGGAGACGGACGAGACCUUCAUCGUGCCGGAUUCGUUCUUGGUGGUGCUGGACAUGGACGACGGUACCCUCAGCUUCAUCGUGGACGGACAGUACAUGGGAGUGGCCUUUCGGGGGCUGAAAGGGAAAAAACUCUACCCCGUAGUGAGCGCCGUGUGGGGCCACUGUGAAAUCCAGAUGCGAUACUUGAAUGGCCUCGACCCCGAACCUUUACCGCUGAUGGACCUGUGCCGGCGUUCGGUGCGCCUCGCUUUGGGCAAGAACCGGCUGAGUGAGAUCUCGACGCUGCCUUUACCCAAAUCUCUCAAAAAUUACCUUCUUUACCAAUGACCCCUCUUGGAACACCGGAAGGACAGACUUUUGCUAGGAAUGAAUUGUGUUGGAUUCACUGAGUCAAAAACUUGGGAGACGGGGUGGGGAGGUGUCGUCCUUUCUUGCGUGUUUUGAAAGAAAUCUGCUCCACGUCCCAUCCCUGGGCCAUGCCGCAGGUGGAAAAGCUCCUUUUACAAGAUCAACCCCCCUUCUGUGGGAUUUUUUUUCCAGGAAAAAAUCUAGUUUCUUGCGUCCACAUUUGAGUUUCCCGCUCGUCCGUCAACCACGAAAAGGGCCGGUCCUGUGGAGUUUUAUUGAGCGGGGGGACACCUCUGCGCGUGGCUGGCUCGUCCGUGUUGGGAGAUGGCACCGGGUGCAAGCAUCGGACGACGUGGCCCAACUUUUGGAUGCGGGAAAGGGAUGGAUUGGAUUGGUGGCCUUGAGGAAUGAAGCGAGCUACCGCCGGAAUACCUUUCCACAUAUUUUUCCCCUGCCUUCACCACCGUGCCUUGGUGCCCACCAAAUCGGCCGGGCCUCACUGCUGCAUAGCUCACCUCCCCGUCUUUUUGCUGGAGAAAAUACUUGAAAUGGAAAUUGGGGGUGUAAAGAUCAUUUGAGGGGGUGGAGGGAAGGGAGAGGGAUGCCCUAAUCCGGCCCCGUAGAAUGGGCACCAUGUGGAUUCCCCCCCACGCAGCCAGUUAGGAAUUUGGGGUGCCAGAAACCUCAGACUCCCAGUAGUAGGGAAAAGAGGGUCUUUAAAUUGUGGGAAAGGUAGUUAAGCCGGCUAGCCAAGUUCCAUCAUGGAUUCCUUGUUUGCGAUCCACUUAGUCAGGCUCAAAUUCAGCUGGCUGACCCAGAAUCCGGUUCUCGAGUGGGUGUGGGGGGGGGCUCAAUCCUAAACCCCUCCCUCCACUUCCUGGGCUGGUCGGGCAUCGUAGGAUCCCCCCCCCCCCAAAAAAAUGUGAUAAUCGAGACUGGCAAAUAUCCUUGAUGAUCCAACCAGCAGGGGGAACAAAAAAAAAAAACCCUUUAUUUUCGAUACUGCCUUCCAAGGGAUUUUGAUUUGCACAUAUUUUAUUAACCUUAAAUGGAGGUGGGGAAAAACCUUUUGUGUUUUUUUCUUGUCCCUCCCACCCAAUAACCUCUAACAGGUGUGUUCUUUUUGUUCGAUGUGUGUUGGUACAGGGGGCGUCUAUACGGAGGGGGAAAUGUUAAUAUAUAUAGAUACCGAGUGCGUAUGUGUGUGUAUGUAUACAUUUUGCAUUGUUUUGAAUGUUAAAAGGCUGGAUUGUUGUUGUUUUUUUUGUUGAUGUUUUUAAGUCAUGCUGCUGUAGAAAAAUUGGAGUUAAGUUUGUUUUAAAUGAAGAAGAGACAAAUAGGUUAAGAGGUUUAUUUUUUUUUGUUUUAAGCACACAACUUGGUGCCAAAGUUAGUUUUUUUGGGAGGCGAUCUUUCUUCGUGUCUCUUAUUAUUAUUAUUAUUAUUUUUUUAAAUUGAAGAAUAAAACCAAAACUACUUUUUUCAAGUGGAACACUUUAAAAAAAAUUGCACAUAAAAGGAUUUUAAUGUGUGCAGAGCCAAGCAUUUUUAAUUGUCCUUGGUCCCCGUUUCCCACACACACCAGAAAUUCAGGCACAUAUGUGGUUUCUUUCUCUUUUUUUUUUUUGGUUUUUAUUAUCUUGAAUAUUUCAUUUCCCCUUCCUUCCUUUGGUGCACAUUGUUGGUGUGUCUGGCUUGUACAAUUUUUAUUUUUAAAAGAAAAAAAAAAACCUCUCACUGGUUUCCCUCUCCCCCCCCCUUUGUGGAUUGUAGAUGAUUAGGACCCCGAUGAAAGCGAAAGAGAACGAAAAUAAAAAUGUAUUAAUAGAACAA